GUUAAAAAGAUGUUUGGUGUCUAGUACUAUGGCUUUGACCCUAUAUGUACUAACCUGAGUAAAACAUGGUGUAGUUCCGUUUAGUAACAGAACCUCAUUGGAAAAUUUGCUGAUUUAACUUUACUGUGCUCUUAUUCAUGUAUACAAACUCGACAGCACAUAUAUCCAUACCUGUUAACAAAAUCAUGAUUUUAUUGAUAAUUCGGCUCAAUAAAAACACCUUUACCUUUUCAUUUUACUACAGCAGAAGUUUCUUGGCCCAGCUUAUAGACUACAGAAGUGGAGAAAUGCCCCCGCUUAAGUUUGUGUUGUUCUGAGCAUUAUUUGUGGCUAUAGAGUGGCGUUUUGGUUGAGGGCGUGGCUCUCUGUAUUGCUAUUCUGCGGUCGUUACUAAAGUUGGUAUAACUAGAGAAGCAAGCGGUCGACAACAUUCAUCUCUGGAGGGGGGGUCUAACUCGGUGUUACGGUGGGUUUGACCCUAUAUUAAUUUUACACCGGGAUAUCCCUUUAAGACUUUUAGUUGACCUGCUGCUGUGAGACGAGUCUUUCUGAAUGAGUGUGAACCCGGUCUCUGGGACCUUUUCAGUCAGCCUCUAGUGGACACUGAAGGAACUGCAGUUUUUAACCCUUCCACAGUGGGCUGUACGGUUUCUGCCUCGCAGACUUACUUUGAUAAGUUAUGGAGGUUUUGGACUUGCUGUUUCCUCCCACCCUUCAGUCUGCAGCAGGCUGUAACGUCACAUGUCCGGAUUAUUUUUUCUGCAGCCGUGAAAACGUUUGCAUCACCUGCUCCUCGUGCAGAAAGUCUUAAAAACACGGUAAUUUCCACAGCUUCAAAGCUUGCAUGUCUUUGCAGGUUUUGCUGCCUCACAGGUUGACCUUUGUUCUGUGGCCUCUGCGGGGUCACUGGUGACACUGAUUCCCAGUUGUCCAUCCAUUUACAGGGACAUGCAUCAGAGCGCUGAGGUGUGCUAAGCGUCUGAGUGUAAACAUUAACCUGAGACCUGCUGCUGCUGAUAUCUCCGCUCUGUUUGAGGAGAGAGUUUGUCACAGGUUGUAAGAUUUUUAACGAAGCUCUGCGUUUUUUUAAAAUGAAGAAAUAAAACAGCUGAUGAUUGUCGUCGACCCGGUCAGGGCUGAUCUCUGCAGAGUUUACCAACAAACGUCGUUAACCCUAAUGAGCUUCAAGUCUCAGCGUCAACAAAAGGUCAAGACGCGCCGCUAUUAAUGCAUCAACCCGGCUGGACGAUGAUGGUGGUGGGAGGUGUGCCGCCACUCUCCGCCUCUCAAAGGUCAACCAAGGUAUGCUAAUGAGAUCCCUAGUGACAUCACAGCGCCCAUAUAAGAAGGAGGCGGCGGUGUUUGGUCGCAAACCUCUCUGAGCUGAAGCAAGCAGGUCUGACUCCGGUCUCCCCUGUGGUCCCAGGAUACAAGAAGACACCGCUCUGGAAAAUAUGCUGUUCUGCCAUUCCCAGCCUGAGUCCUACCACCAGCACUCGGCUAGUUACAUUAGGUAAAGCACAGGUCAGGGGCUGGGGGAGCGGGGGCUGGGGGGUCAGGGUGUUAGAGCCAAGCAUGAGGAGAAGUGUCUGAACUUUGGGUGUUACAUGUGCAGAGUUACAGCCGCUCUGAGCUCAAACGUCAGCCGGCGUUUGCACCUUUGUUCGUAUGAUGGAGUGAUUAGAUAAAAAGAACAAUCACCUCCUCCACACUCAGCUCCACUUCUUUCCUUCUGCAGAGAGGCCUUGGCACCUUUCCUGAAAAACGAGGAGGCGAGGCUUAUGGCUGAAAAUGGCGCCAAGACGAGCCCGUUUCAGUACAUUCUGUGCGCGGCCACCUCGCCGGCUGUGAAGCAGCAGGAGGAGAGCCUCACCUAUCUCAACCAAGGUAGCUAUGUGAGCGGGACUGUCCGUGUUGACUGCAUGCACUGGAGCUCAUUUUGUCACAUGUUUGCAAACAGCUGCAGGGUCACCUCAGGGACUGGUACUGGUUCUGAAGUCCUGAAAGUCUGUCAGUGAUGAUCCAGUUCUGGAGCUGAGCAGGGAUGGAGUUAGGAGGUCUGCAGAGUGAGGACGACAGAUCCAAACUUUAGUGAAGUAGAGAGUCUUUUCUCUGACAGCCACAGUCAGGAAGUUCAUUUGGAUCAGAACCAAACAUCGGACCAGUUUGGACUAAAGGUUUUAAACAUAAACCACAACAAUAACAACCAAACAUCCCAGAAAUCUGACGACUGAAGACAAUUAAGACCAAAAAAAAAAGGAUUUAAAAGAGAGACAAUUUUUUCUUUGCAGGAAAUUAAUAAUGAUUAAAAAAAACAAACAAACAAAAAAAAAAAACAGUUAUAAGGUUCUUGAUGAUUCUGACUGAUCCCCAAUAUCUGCCAGAAAAUUCAGCUUCUAAAAUAUUUUAAAAGAUGAUUAAAUUAAACUGAACAGAAAAGAAUAGAAAGUGUAAAUAAUAAUAAUAAAAUAAUAAUAAUAAUAAUAAUAAUAAUAAUAAUAAUAAUAAUAACUUAUUUAAAAAAACAGUUCUAUUGUUCUUGAUGAUCCUGAAACUUAAAAUAAAAUCCUAAGUUAUUAAAUAAGCUCAAAAAUCAGCCCCAAAAAUUUAGCUUCUAAAAUAUUUAAAAAACAGACUCAAUUAAACUGAACAGAAAAGAAUAAAAAGUUAAAAAAGAAAAAAAUAAUAAUUUAUAAAAAAAAAUAAAAACUGUUCUUAGAUUCUUGAUGAUCCUAAAACUGAAAAAAAGACUUAAAAUAAAAACCAAAAUUAUUUAAUGAGCUCCAAUAUCUGCCCUAAAAUUAAGCUUAAUUAGUGUUUGAAAUAUUCUAAAAACUGAUUUAAUUAAACUGAACAGAAAGGAAUAGAAAGUUUAAAAAAGAAAAAAAAGUAUUUACAAACUCAGCUUAGACCAGAUAUGUUCAACACUGUCCACAGGGGGCGCCAAAAUCAACACAAACACAAACACUUUUAAUCUACCGAAAGGAAGGAUAGAAAGAAAGGAAGAAAGGAAGAAAGGCAGACAGAAAAGAAAAUGAAAUGAAACCUUAUUUAACCAGAAAAAACUCAUUGAGGUUAAAAAUCUUAUUGAAGAGUGUCCUGGCCAAGACAGGCAGCAGCACAUUUACAAAGCUACAGACAAAAACAAAUACAGACAUAUACGGACAAAACAACCAGCCAAGUCGAAGUCGCAGAGCAGAGCAUUUUACAGUCUGCUUCAUCUUCCUCUCGGGCCUUUAAUCGACAUCCACAAAGACAGAACGAUGAAAUAAAUAAAAACAAAGAAAGGAGAGGAAGAAAUAAAAUCAGAAAAAGAGAGAAGUAAAAGAAGAGAGAAAGGAAACAAAGAAAAAAAAACAGGAAAGAGAUGAGAUGAUAGUCAAACAGAAACCUGUGCUGUUAUGUCCGGAGGUGUUCAGACUUCAGGAUCUCAUUUUAUGGAUCAGGGUCAAACUCCGAACUGAACUCCUGUGUUGGUAAAUUCAGGGUCCUUUAAGACUUUAUUGAAAGGUGAAUGAGGAGAGGAUCUGAGGACCUGUAUCAGGACUUAAAGGAGGCAGCAGAGUCCCUUUAGAGACUGAAAAGUGCAACAUGAGCUCCUGAGUGUGUGUCAGUCUGGAUCAGUUUCGUCUCUCUCUCUCUGUUUUUCUCCUUAAUGCUCUCAAAUGGUGCUUCCCUCUCCUCUUGGACAUCACUCGUCUCUCCAUCUUCUGAUUGUUUCUGUCUCUCUCUCUCGUUGGACACAGUGACAUUUUGUAUUUGUGCUUUGUUUACCUGUUAGACCCAAAGUUUGUUCUGCUUAUCGGCGUCACAGUGAAGACAAAAAUAAAAGAGUUCACUGUAACGAACAACAGCGACAUUCACAGACCCGUGUAUAUACUGUACUAUAGUAUAUACAGUCUAUGUCUGUGACUCACAUUCAAGAAAACACUGAGGGUCUGAGCUGUGGGUGAAAAACUCUGUUUUCAGGAAAAUCACUCAAAAGAAAAGAAAAAUCAAGAUUUAAGUUUCCGUUCUAUUCUACCUUCAAACUCUGGAUUUUAACGACUUUAAAACAUUAAUUUUAAUGAGACUUUUUCAAUGUUGUUGUCAAACAUAACUCCAAAUAAAGUUCAUUUUAACUGGUAAAAACACAACACAGAAAUAAAGUAAGUUUACAAAAUAACAAUGUAGUGAGAAAGAGUGGUGAUUAUGGGAGAAUAAAUCAUAAUUAUCAGUUAUUUAGUGGAAUUUAUGAGUGAAACAUCAUCAAUAUAAUAUUAAAGAGUCAUAUUUAAGUAAUUAAUUAUAAGAAAAAGAUUGUCAAAUUUAUGAGAUCGAGUUCUGAAAUGAGGAGUUAAGAGUCAGAAAAUUUUGAGUUAAAAUCAUAAAUGUGACAAAAAAAUUUCAAUAAAGCACAAAUUUAUUAAAGAUUUUGGUUCAAAUUCAAAGGAAAUAUCAAAUUUAUGAGAUUAUGUUCUGAAAUUAUGGGAUAAAAGUCAAAAUUAUGAAUAAAAGUCACUAACAUAAUGGCAGUCAUAUAAUAAAACACAUAUUUAUAGAGGAGGAGGUUUGAUUACAUGAGUAAUCAAUUAGUUUGUUUUUAUAGGAUUGGACUAAAACAUCAAUAUGUUAAAAGUCUAAAUAAAAGGCAUUAAUAUGAUUUAAAAAAAGGUCAUAAAAGUGUCAAAAACCUAAAAAUAUUAGUGUUAGUGUUAUAUUAGAGAUUUAGUGUUUCUGUAAAAUAGAAGUUUUUAUGAGACGAGAUAAAGUGAAGAUGAUGAGAUGGAAAUUUAAAAUGAUUUGAUAAAAUAAUUAAAAUAUUCAGACGAGUUUUAUUUAAUUAUGUUAGAGGUCGAAGUCAGAAGAUUAAAAUUAAAGAUUCCUUAUAAAAAUCAUAAAAUCAAAAGUAUGAGAUGAAAAAGUGAAAACCAUGAGAUAAUCAAUAAUAAUAAAUUUUUUUUUUUGAUUAUUCCUGACAAUCUAUAAACUUUGACUUUUUAAUCUCAGAAUUAUUUAGUUGUUGUUUUUUUUCUUGGUGUUUUUAAAAAAAAAUCACUUUAUCGUAAUUUUAACGAUUUAAUUUUCUAGUUAUUUCUUAAAUCGAUAAAUUCUGAGUUUUCUGACUCUCUUUGAAUUCAUUUUGGCUUUUUCUCAGAUUUUUUUAGACUUCAGUGAUUAUGGCUCAGCGUAAACUUUAUAUCAGUUAUUAUAAAAAUCAUUAAAUCUUCUCUUUCUUUGUGGUGUUUACAUCUUUCAGCAGAGUUUUUCACACACGGCACUCACAUCCUCGGUUGGAGCAGGUGCACCGUCCCUCCCUCCCUCCUGACUAUUUUCAUGACUUUUUCUUGUGAUUUGACUCUAAAUGUUUGACCUUCAUAUUCAGGAUGGAGAUAUGUUGAUGUUUGAAGUGUCUGGCCUUCAUUUCUGGCUCUAAAGUUUUUUUUUUUCCUUUUUUUUUGGAAUUUGAUUUAAUUUCACUGCCCCUUCUUUUCUGAUUGACUGAUUUCCCAUUUUUCAAUUUUAAUCAGGUUUGUUUUUAAUGUUUUAAAAUGUAGGUCAGUCCUACGAAAUCCGUAUGCUAAACAGAAAACUAGUGGAGUAUACAGAUAUAAGCAGCAAAUAUGUGAAGGUAGGUAUACGGUAUUGUGUUUGUCUGUUUCAUGUCUCCUCUUCCUCUUCUUCUCUUGUCAGUUUUGAUGUUUCCACUCUGAUGGUUUGUCACUGGUCCUCAAACCCUUCCUUCCAUUUCAGGGGUGGGAUGUCGACCUCGGUACUAUCACCCAAACUCACUUUUAAAAUCUAAGAAACCAGAAAAUGAAACUUCACAAAUGCAAAGUUGACCCUGCAGCUCGUUUUCUUCGAUGAACAUUAAACCGACUCAGCUGCAGACGUAGAUUUCCUCCCCUAAAGAUUUGACGUCUUUGCUAAAAUCCAGGGUUAUUGAUUCAUUUCCCUGUGAGUGCAUCCACUCGCCGCGUCUCCCUGGUCAGCCCGCCAUCAUCGAGACGCUAAUGCUGGCUGUAGCAUCCUAGAAACACAGGAAUGGGACAGGUGGCGUCUCUGCAAACACCUGACCUCCUGGGUUCAGGACUCUUUGAGUUCUGGUGCGCAGUCAUGCGUGAGUCUCCCUCCAUAAAUAUGCCAAUGCUGCAUGUUUUUACAGGCUGUUAAUCUAAUUGGUUGAUUUAUUUGAUGCCUGUCGCGGUUUUACAGGCUGGCUUCGGUGCUGCAGAGAUGUAGAUGUAUGCCUCUCAAAGUCCUUGUGAGAAAGAGUCAAAAAAGGAAACGUCAACCAUCCUUUUCUUCAAGUUUCGUCGUGUGACACCUCAACAUCGGCUUUAAAUCAUUCGUAAAUCCCCCAAAUCAGUUCAAUUCAACAUUUUCACUGCGUCUAGAGCUUUUACUUGAAAUAUGUCUGGUAGAUGUUUUUAGGUUUCAUGUCAGUUCUGCUCUAAAUCUGCUGAGAUGUUUCCCAAACAUCUGGUACAUGUCAGUUAAUAUUUACACCCUGUAAUUGUGACAAAAACGACCCGGGUCUGAGAUCCUGUGAGUCCUUAAAGCUCAGUUGUCGUCUUGGUGACACUGAGCGAUCUUCAGGGUCGGUGAAUCGGAUCAGACAGGUGUUGUUAAGCUGGGCCAAGAAACUUCUACUGUAGUUAAAAUGAAAAGGUAAAGGUGUUUUUAUUGAGCCGAAUUAUCAAUAAAAUGAUGAUUUUGUUAACAGGUAUGGAUAUAUGUGCUGUUGAGUUAAUAUAUUUGAACAAGAGCACAGUAAAGUUAAAUCAGCUAAUUUUCCAAUGAGGUUCUGUUACUGAACGGAACUACACCAUGUUCUACUAAGGUUAGUACAUAUAGGGUCACAGCCAUAGUAUUAGACACCAAACAUCUUUUUAACUUUGACUAAUUUCUUUGGCAAAGAGACUAAAAACACAACUCACCUACUCUCUUCCAGCAGACGCUUGUUUGCCCCGACUACAGCGGGGUGCCGCAGCUCAAGGAAGAACAUUUAUGAUCAUUUCUUUAUCAUUUCCUUGAAGUAAUAAUCAUCAUAUUAAUCAUUUUACAGGCGCGGUAGUUCUUCUAUUUCUAUUUCCAUGAAGAAAUGAUCAUAAAUGUUCUUCCUUGAGCUGCGUCACCCCGCUGUAGUCUGUAAUGGACUGGUCUGAGGUCUUGCUACAAACAAGCGGCUGCUGGAAGAGAAUAUCCCUCCCGUCAUACUUUAGCAUCAUGACAUGUCGUUCCAUAAUUGUCACCUCAAGAGUCCGUGUAGUGAGUGAUAGUGGGAGCCCUGACUCUAAAAUGAGAAGUUUCUCUGUUUCCUCAGGAGUUUGUGGAGAUGAGCUUCACUCUGAAUGUUCUCCUCCUGAUCAUUGUGUCUCUGUGUUUUGAACUGUGCUAACGGGGGGCAGCGUCUGAGCACUUUACCCGACAGUCCGGCUGUCUGGUUCUGUGUGAGCUGCCCUCUUUAAACCCCCGCCUGUUUCCUGGCCUGAACUCCUGAACCCGCCUGUUCACAGAGCAUUGUGCGUGUGGUGUUUCAUGACCGUCGACUGCAGUAUAUGGAGCAUCAGCAGCUGGAGGGAUGGAGGUGGAACAGACCCGGGGACCGGAUCCUGGAUAUAGGUGAGUUGGCUUUAGUGUUGUGAUCCCUGCAGAAUGUGGUUUUAUAUUGUCUUGCUGGACUCUGAAGGGUCUUUUUUCUCUACACUUUGUGGAGAUCGCACUAUAGGAGCAUGAUCGCCAUAGAAACGAGGUUCAUAAUAAUAACCAGUCUCUCCAAUCGUCAACCAUGUCUUUCCAUCCGUUUGCAGAUAUCCCGUUGUCAGUGGGUGUAAUGGAGCCGCGGUCCCACCCUCUGCACCUCAACACGAUUGAGUUCCUCUGGGAUCCCGAGAAGAACGCUUCUGCUUUCAUCCAGGUACGGAAACAGACUCUGGUCCAACUUUUCUCUGGUGAAGGUUUGAAACUGAGAGUCAACAUUGUCUCCCAGGUCAACUGCAUCAGCACUGAGUUCACCCCCAGGAAGCACGGGGGCGAGAAAGGAGUCCCCUUUCGUAUCCAGGUGGACACUUUCACCACCAACGAGCAUGGAGAGUACAUGGAGCAUGUUCACUCCUCCAGCUGUCAGGUCAAAGUCUUCAAGGUGAGAAACUUUCCUCCCAGUCUGUCAUCCUGCCUGCUCACUUUGACGUCUAACGCCUUUUUGUUUCUCUGUCCUGAAAGCCCAAAGGAGCUGAUCGUAAACUGAAGACGGACAGGGAGAAGAUUGAUAAGAAGUCCCCUCAGGACCGAGACAAGUACCAGCUGUCCCAUGAGACCACGGUGUUGAAAGAGGUGAGCAGUCUGGAUAUCCUCCUCUCAGAACCGCAUGUUAAUAUGUCGCUCUGCUUGUUUUCUUUUUUAAUUGUGUGCCGGCGUCACUGCGGAGCUCUGUCAAUGAUUGAGACCCCUGAAGGGCCGGUGUUCUGACGUUGACAGUGAAGUGACUUUGGCAGACCUCCAGAUAAAAAUCAAACAUACACUUUUAAAGUCAGUGAUGGGAGACGUCCUUCAGUCCGUUUCUGUUUUAAAAAGUCCUGAAAAAACAGGAUUUGGUGAAUGAUUCAGAUUCAAACCAGGACCAACUGUUUUAAAGUUGGGGUAGUCAGGAUCUGAGGAUAUUCCAGUUUUCCCCUCAGCUCCUCCUCUCCCCUCAAGCCCCGCCCACAAACAGACGCUCCUGCUCGCUCGUAUCGUUCCAAUUAAAUUCAGAUAUAAUGCAGAUAAAUACUUCAGAUCAUUACAAAUGGGGCCCAGUCAAGCUGAAAGUCAAAAGCAUUGGUGCUACUGUAGAUGCCAACAGACUACCAGCAAACACAAUGUUUGCAGGACUUCUACAACGAGGAUAAAGUGACAUAGUCCAGGACCCGAGGGAGGACAGUUUAGCGAUGGCGCUACAGCACGCUACAGCAGGUCCGUUUGACAAGAAACACUUCUGUUACAGACACUUGUCUUACUUUGUUAAAGCGGUUUACCUGUCCAGCAGAAAGGUUACAGGGUCACCAAGAUCCCCAAGCGUCCCCCAUCGUUUAUGUUGACCCGGCUUUUUAGCUCUUGUCCGGUCUACCUCCGUUUUAAGCGCCCGUUAUUCCUCCAGAGUCUCCGGUAUUUACUUUGUUUUCUUGCUUGUGUCGGCAGUCGUGGCCAAAGGAGGAUUCAGACAAUUUUCCGAACUUUCUGGUUGGUUUCUACUGUCCGAUAUUGUAGCACGCUAACUUUGUUUGGGCUCCUGAACGACACGGGGGAGCAGCGUCUGCCUCACAACCAAUCAGGUUAGAGGAGGUGGAGAACGGCUUUGUUUACAGUCAGAAAGAGCGGACCGCUCAAAAAUGUUCAAAUGUUGACGAUACAGACAUAAGAGAACACAGAGAUAUCGAUAUAUUACCAAAUGUCAUCAAUAACUAAAAACUAUUGACUGAUAUUAAAAGAUUUUUUGUACAAACACCACAACAUAAGAUUUGUCUGUAAAGGGGUUACAGCGUUGAGGGAAACCAGCGUCCGGUCUUCGACAGACAGAUGACCCUCCUCUCCUUCCUCUCUCUGUAGUGCUCUCCUUGGCCUGAUGCCCUCAACCUCACCAGCCACAGCAGCAGCAGCACUCCAUCACCAGUUUAUCACAGCUCCCCGACUCCCUGUAGCUUCACCGACAGGUGAGUCCGCAUAAACGCCCAGUGACACCUUCUUUUUUAGACUUCAAAGUUUCCUGAGGUUUAGCAGGAGGGAGGUCGUCGCUGUAACAGCUCUGGUCACUGUUUAAUGGUCAAAAGAUGGCGGACAGAGCGGAGUCUGAUCCUGCUCAAUCAGCUUCACUCAUGCAUGUUCAGAGUUCAGAAGUCGUGCAGAAGUUUCAUGAUAUCAACACCAUCUGUGAUUCAUCUUCAUCUUAGAGUGAUGAAACCCUGAAGGGAAAACUCCAGACAAAGUCGGGUGAUAUAAUCAGCUGUUUGUCUUCACACAUGAAGCUCACCUUGAAUAAGUUUCUGUGCCUGUGUGAACAGGGUUUUGGUCUUUCUAGCCCCUGAGUUCCAAAUCUGGAUUCUUGUUCGGUUAAUAGAAAGUAGGAAUCGCUCCAGAUCAGCAGCCAUGACAGACUGCGCUCAGUUUAAACUCCACGACCAACAUGAUUUACCUAAAAGGAGGACACAAUACUUCAGUGAUAGGAUCAGAGUAACACAAACAAAGCAGAGGUACCAGGUUUAGAGCACCAGGACUCCUCUUUGACCAGCGGUGUGACAUAACUGUGGCAGUAGCUCCCCCUAUGGGUACUCACCAGUAUGAUGCUCUGUAAACACAAGUGAAGACCGACACUUUGUUGUAAAACUUCGUCACAGACCACAGAACCAAUCACCUGAUCUGCUCUUUCCUCCUCAUGUGCAUACUUCUAUAGCAACUGUUCUCCAAACCAGCAGGGGGAGCUGCUCAUGCCCGGCUGCUCUGAUGUAAGUAACAGAGAGCAGUGCAGAGUGAAAGUCUUAACGUUGCUCUCUCAUCCCCUUUAGGACAUUAUUUGGAGACAGUGGAUGCUGUGCUGCUAUACUCAUUUCAAGGGCUCUUCUUCUUUUUGACAUGUAGCACCUUCUGCCAUCGUCCUCGCUGCAGGACACUCAGCAGUGGCUGCACCAUCACAGGUUCGCACCUUUCUCACGGCUCUUCUCCAGCUUCUCAGGUAACUGGGGGGGAGGGUACGCAAAACAAAAUCACCAGUCUGCAGACAGUGAGAGAGAAAGAGCGGCAGUGAUUUGGCCAUGGAGGGAAAAUAAGGAUGGGAUUUGGAUUAUCGGCUGUUGUUGCAGGUGCUGACCUGUUGAGGAUGAGCAGGGAGGAUCUGAUCCAGAUCUGCGGCCCUGCUGAUGGUAUUCGUCUUUUUAACACCAUGAAAGGAAGGUGAGGCAUUAAAGAGUCUGGACAGAGAUGCUGCAGGAGCUGAAUGAAUUUAUCUGGAGGAAAAAAACAAAAGCAUUUGUAUAUAAACUUUUUUUAUUAUAAUAACUUAUCUAUUUGAUGAAAAGGUUGCAUUGAUUUGAGUGACCUUCUGAAUGUAUAUAGAGUAUAUUCAGACAGUCACAUAAAUAUAUGUGACAAUACUCAUCAUCUUUCCUCAUGUUGUACCUUGUGCUCUUCCCCCAGGUGUAUACAGCCCCGCCUGACCAUCUAUGUGUGUCAGCAGCAGACCAGAAUACAGCCUCCUGUUAAACCAGGCGGCGCAGAUGGUAAGUGUACCUGCUGUGCAAAAAUCUUGCUGAUUUUUGGUGGUUAAAUAAAUAAUUUAUCGUGAAUUUUUUUGUGGGAAAAAAAUAGUUUCAAAAACAUCUAAAACUCCUUCAAAUAAUAAUGCGAUCUGAUGAAUCCAUUGAAAUGCAUCUGGUGGUUGUGUCUCCCCUCCCUGCAGUCUACCAUGCUCUGUACCUGGAGGAGCUCACACUGCUGGACCUGUCUGAAAAGAUCGCCCUGCUGUACAGCAUCACUCCACAGCAAAUUACACACAUCUACAGACAGAAACCAUCUGGGAUCCACGUCUUAGUGUCAGACGAGGUAUCUAUGCGUCUCCUUUAUCGACAACACACCCUCAACUUUGACUCAUUUCUACAGCGGGGUGCCGCAGCUCAAGGAAGAACAUUUAUGAUCAUUUCUUUAUCAUUUCCUUAAAGUAACAAUCACCAUAUUAAUCAUUUUAUAGACGCGGUAGUUCUUCUGUCUUAGCGUCUCGGUCUGAUUGUAUUUCCAUGAAGAAAUUAUCAUAAAUGUUCUUUCUUGAGCUGCGAAACCCCGCUGUAGUCCAUAAUGGACUGGCCUGAGGUCUUGCUACAAACAAGCGUCUGCUGGAAGAGAGUAGGUGAGUUGUGUUUAGUCUCUUUGUUAAAGAAAUGAGUCAAAGUUAAAAAGAUGUUUGGUGUCUAGUACUAUGGCUGGGACCCUAUAUGUACUAACCUCAGUAGAACAUGGUGUAGUUCCGUUUAGUAACAGAACCUCAUUGGAAAAUUAGCUGAUUUAUCUUUACUGUGCCCUUGUUCACAUAUAUUAACUCGACAGCACAUAUAUCUAUACCUGUUAACAAAAUCAUGAUUUUAUUGAUAAUGCGGCUCAUUAAAACACCUUAACCUUUUCAUUUUAACUACAGUAGAAGUUUCUUGACCAGCUUAUAGACUACAGAGGUGGAGAAAUGCCCCCACUUAAGUUUAUGUUUUCGUAGGUGUUAGGUGUUGUUCUGAGGAUUUUUUGUGGCUAUAGAGUGGUGUUUUGGUUGAGGGCGUGGCUCUCUGUAUUGCUAUCCUGAGGUCGUUACUAAAGUUGGUAUAACUAGAGAAGCAAGCGGUCGACAACAUUCAUCUCUGGAGGGGGGGUCUAACUCAGUAAGACCAGGGUCAGCGCUGAAGGUUUGGUCCUAUAGAGGCUGCAGCCCCUUCAGUGAGACACAGCUCAUGUUGCUAUCAUGCUGUCAGUACACAACCACCGGUCUAAUCAGCCUGCUUAUGGGUCAAACUACUGUCAGACUUUAUAUCUUAUUCAUGGCAAAGACUGUCUGAAAUAACACUUUACCACAGUGUAAACAGGCAGAGGUGAUAUCAGAGUGACCAGGUAAUAAAAACUGAAGCUCAGUCCUGUCGAAGUCUGGCUGUGGGGUGAGCUUUGAGUGUUUAACGGUGAUUAUUUGGAUGUCUUUUAUUCCAGAUGGUGCAGAACCUCAAAGAGGAAACCAGCUUCAUCCUCAGCACGAUAAGAGGUAAACACUAAAAGUCAGCCUCUGCGCUCACGUCACAAACAGUCAGUGUUGAUCUUGUCUGUCUGUUAUCUUGCUGAUCUCUCACUCAUCGUUUCUGUCUUGCAGAUGGGACCACAGAUGGUUAUUUUGUCGUACUGAAAUGACAGACAGGUGCCCAGGAGGCCCAGUGUUUCAUUAGAAAAAUUGUUGAGUUUAUAUUUAAGUCAUUCCGGACGAUAAUAUGUGAUAAACAAGGAUUUACUGUGCAGUCUAAUGACGCUGAAGGGGACUCUACAGUAUUAGUGAACCUGAGCUCUAUUUUCAGUUGUUGUAGAGGUAAUCUGUGCAGAAUAAAAGUACCUUUUGUUGCCAUAAAUAAAGUUAGAUUUUUUAUGCUAAAGUCUGAAAACUUUGCAGAGCACAUCCCUCCAGAGACAGACCAUGUUUGUUUAAGAGUAAGAGGCUUUUUUGUAGCAGAAACAGUCAGUAUUUUAAAAAGUUUGGUUAAAGUCAGAGUGGAAAACAGCCGGACGUUGACUCAGUUUGGUGGUAAUCUCAGCGAAUUACUACAACUUCAUUUUUUUUUUUGACUCCUGUGUUUAAAAAAGAUAAACACCCCUCAGUUUCUCACUUUACUUUGAAUUCUGUUUUUGUUUAUGCUCUUGUUAAUUGAAUUUUCUGUUUUUGCCCAGUUACUGAUUUAUUUUCAGUCGGUAGUUAUCAGUUUAUAAUUUCUUUUUUGGCUUUUCAAACAUUCUUACAUUCAAACUUUUGAAAAGGCUCAGUAAGAGUCAAAUACAAACAACUAGAAACAAAAUGAACAAACUGUAGUUGAAGGAGUUUAUUCGGGAAUGUUUGUGUCAUAAUCUUUUUUACCACAACUCUAAACUUUGGAGGAUAGACACACCUGGAAAAUUACAGGUGAGUUACAAUUUGUCUGAGUUUUUUUUUAUCAUUUACAGCCAAAACCAAUGGCGACUGAUUAACAGAGGGCAGGGUGUCCACACAGGGACCACUGCUGAAUAAGAUAAAAUAAGUUUGAAGAAAGAAAAUGAUACUCAAAAAUGUGAAAAAUACAGUUGGAAUCUAGAUUAAUAAGUAAGGAUUAACAUGUCUGAAGUUAGUGAUCACAGAUUUUGCUGGUCUAGAGCACAGCUGUUUGCACUUUCAGACGUCCAUUAAAAUAAGUUGCACAUUUGCUCCUCUUAUUUAUACAUGAUACUAAAAAUCAGACACGAGUAUUAGCACCCACAGUCCAUUAUACACAAUCAGCCAGAAAGCAAGAGCAAAAGGUCAACACCCCUUUUAUAAUGACGUGAACAGCAAGCCAUGCAUGCUUCCAUCAUAACAUUUUUACCAUAAACCUUAACUUUGUUUGGUAGAAAACACACCUGGAAAAUUACAGGCGAGGAGUUGGUUGAGUUGUAAUGUGCAGGAAGUUUUUAUGACUUACAGCCAGAACGAAUGGUGACCCAAAACUCUCAACAAGGAGGAGAAUUUUUUUUAAACAGAUUUGAAUCUGAAUAAAGUUUAAAAGAAACAUUUUUGAAGGUAAAUAUUUUAUAUCUAAUGCAUAAAAUGUAUAAGAAGCAAUUAACAUGUUGAUUAAACUACCAAAUGUGUCUAAAGGUGA